UCUCCCCCUUCCCCCUAACACUAGCCGUGUUUCCCCUUCCUUUCCCUCGCCAUGACGCGCGCCGCUUCCUUCUCCCAUCGCUCUCGGCGGCAGCAGCAGAAUCUAGGCAACCGCCGCGUCCACGGCUCCCGACCGAGAUGCGCCGCAGUUCCGAGGGGGCGGCGGCGGCGGCGGUUUCAGGCGCGCCGGGUUCUCUCCGCGAAGGAUCGCGGCUGCAGAGCGCGGAAGGAGACGGGCGCGCAGCUGUGCGGGUGACGACUCGGCCUCCGCCACCUCCGGAUUCAUCGGCGGCGCCUGAGGUGAGAUCGGAGAGUCUGGCGGCAUCGGCGGUGAGUUUGCCGGCAUCGGUGUCGACUGAGGUGAGGGCGGUGAGUUUGGCUGCAUCGGCGGCGCUGCCUAAUUUGAGAGCGGAGAGUUUGCCGGCGACUGCGGACCCGGGGCCGAGGCCGUGGUCGUGGUCGGGGAUCCCGUGGAUGAGGCUUCUGAUCGGAGGCAUGCUUCUGGUGGCACUCGGCUACGUCUUCUACAAAUGGGGGCUCCCCAUUUUAUCGGAGAAGGUGCUCUUGCCGAUCAUGCGAUGGGAGGCAACAUCUUUCGGGCGCCCUGUGUUGGCCAUAGUUCUGGUUGUUUCUCUGUCUGUCUUCCCUACAGUAUUCCUGCCUUCUACUCCAUCUAUGUGGCUGACAGGAAUGAUAUUCGGCUACGGUUUUGGCUUCUUGAUCAUCAUGGUUGGCACUGCUAUUGGCAUGUCGAUACCGUAUUUGAUCGGCUCCUUGUUCCUUCACCGUUUCCAUGGAUGGUUAGAGAGGAGAUGGCCUCAGCAGAUAGCUCUGAUUAAGCUGGCUGGCCAAGGGGGUUGGUUCCAACAGUUCCGGGUGGUCGUCUUGUUAAGAAUCUCGCCAUUCCCGUAUGCACUGUUAAAUUAUGCUGCAACUAUCACCCAGAUGAAGUUCACCCCUUACAUAUGUGGUUCAGUUGUUGGAAUGGUCCCUGACGCAUUCGUCAACAUCUACAGUGGCCGGCUGAUACUCACACUGGCAGACCUGAAGUAUGACAGGCGUCGAAUGACAACAGUGGAGAUAAUAUACAACGUUUUCUCUGCCAUUGUUGCCGUUGGUAUAGGAGUUGGCUUUACGUUCUAUGCGAGAAGAGCCUUGGAUGGAAUACAAAGCGCCGAAGCCGCACGACGACAUGAACCUGUUGCCGUCCCUACCACUGGCUCUGCAUCUGUACCCAGAAAUCGGAAUGGAGGUUCAAGCUCCGUACCAGCAGAUGUUGUAUAAGUGGCGUGCAGGGUGCAGAUGUUGUAUAAGAAGACUUGCAAGUGCUUGAAAGAUCCGGCUAGGAUUUACAGAAAAGGUCUGCACCCUGCAGCACUGGUGUUGGGGCCAACGUGAACGAUCAAGGCUUCUUCAGUUCUUCUAACUUGGAAACGCAUAUGAAUAGACGGAAGUAGAAAAAAAGAGAGAAAGGUGAAGCAUAGGCUGCGUUUGGUAUCAUGGUGGAUUUCAUAAGCAAUUGUUUAUUCUUUUUGUAGAUACAACAAUUAGUUAGAACAAUCUCUUUUUAGACAUAACAGAAAAAUCUCAUUUGAAUUACUAGUAAAGAUUCUGCUGACUA